AUGGUCCGGAGCGUCAAAUCAUUCCGUCUCGAUCAUUGCUGUAUUUUAAUCUUGGUGGCUAGCUUCGUCGAUUCAAAGAUCCAGAAGCCUCUCACAAUAUCUCUCGACGCCCGCUGGAACCAUACUCCGCUGCAUUUGGAAGCUGCUGAAUUCUUCGCCGAAGAGGGCGCGGACACAUUCUGGAGAUACGUCACGGAUUUCCAAAAGCUGGACCUCAAAAACUUCACGACAGCGAGUGAAAAAGUUCAGUAUGAGAACAUCAUUGAACUGGCCUCCAGGCAACUGAGCGAGGGCCGUUUCGCACUCUUCAAACUCUCUCUGGCGUUGAGGGCGCACUCGCCAGCUGUGGAGGCCUUCCAGCGGAUUGCCCAAGAUAAGGAGCUGCCCGACUGCGAAUUUGUUUUCGAGCUUCCGGGACAUGUAACAUGCAUACUCGAAGAGAUCGAUUCGUUCAUCGAGGAGAGGGGCUCUGGAUUAAUUGACGUAUAUGGUAUCGAUCAUGAAUUCGGAGCUUCAACUGAUGGAGUGAUUGUCGUUCUGUACGCUGACAUCGCCCAUCCUGAUUUCCACCGGUACCAUAAUGCUCUAGUCAAAAGACUCACUCAGGGUAAAAUCCGGUACAUCUUGCGACACCACGUCUCUAAAUCGUUAAAUCGAAAAGUACGACUCGGUGGAUAUGGAGUCGAACUCGCGCUAAAAUCGAUGGAAUACAAGUCCCAGGAUGACGCGAGUAUCAAAGAAAGAGAAACUUCGACCUCGGACGAGGAUACGGACUCUGUCGAUGGAGAUUCUUUCGAGAUCGAGAACAUCAUGGUGAGUUCCGUUCACGAGGUGUCUAGAAUCACUCCUGGUGCCGACUGA